AUGGCUCACUCACCGCCGGCGACGUCGCGGCCUCCUCUUCCCCAGACUCAGACUUCUUUCCCACGCGACUUCUCCGCCCCGAACGGCAGACCCAGCCCGCUUGGGCCUCAGUCCCCUCCCAUUGCCAUGAAUUACGCCUCAUCUUCACCUCAGGCUUUCUCUCCCCAGCAGUAUUUCCAACCGCCUGCGGCGAAAAGACCCCGACUCUCACCAGAUAUCCAGUCUCCAUCAGCCGCUCAGAGCUUUCCAGGCACGCCAACAGGCUUACCGAGCACUCCGGCCAGCAAUACCCCCGUGAAUGGUGCUCCUGCUCCCACUGCGCGCACGGCCACUUUGAUGCCUCCUCCACAACGGCCGCCGGAUAAAGAGGAUCGAAGCCAUGAGGAUAUUUUGGCGGGCACUGGAAUCAACAUCGAGGAGGAGUCCAGAUUGCUGGUCCAGAAUGACUAUUUCGGUGGAAGCUCAAAUUCACAGACGGCAAAAGGCUCUUUUCAAUACAACAACAACUCGUUUCCGCAACCAGGGUCAAGUGGAGUUGUAGGAGCUCCACCAUCGGGACAAACAGAUGGUUUGAAUCCAAGUCAGGAGCCCCAGCCGUCUGAGGAGGAGAUGAAGCAGAGGCUUGAAGAGCGUGCCGACUGGGAGGCAUCAAGACACAGUCAACAUCCGUUAUGGGACAUGUUUUUGCUGGGAGGAGCGCUUAACGAGAGGAUACGGAACAUCAGCAUCACCGAACAUCUGGUUGAUCCGCAGUCUGGAGUGCUAGUGAACACCCAGAAGCAUAUGCCUCCGCCCACAGUGCGGGUCAAUGGCCUCGAAGGGGCUUCCCGUGUCAUCGACAAGGGUCAAGCUAUUCUUGACACUCAAGGAAAAGGCGAGCGGUUAUCAGACAUCAUGAAAGUUAUUAAUUUGGCAACCCAGUCUCGAAUAACCGGUCUCCUCAGUGCUUCUUCAAGACUGGCCAAGGAACGGCGGCAGCAUUCGAAAGGAAAAGUACCAGAUGAAUGGCAGGAUAUAGCAGCGCCAUCCAAGGCGGUGGCCGACCCUUUAGACGGCGCACCAAGUCCAGCAGGCAGCGCCAGCCUAAAGCGUGAGUGUCCCUCUUUUACCGUUGCAUUGUCACUGCUGACCAGCUCAGGCACGCACUCGCAAGCUAUCAGCGAGCCAUCAUUCUCAAAUGACCCAGCGCAAGUCCCUGAACGGUUGAUUUCCACGUUCGACAAGGUGUCACAGACGGAAAAAUCUGCUGAAGAGAUGCGUCGCCAGAAGAGAGUCAAACGGAGGACGGUCGCGAAGGAUGAAGCAUCAGCUACGCCUGCCGGUGAUAGCACUCCGGAUGCCGCUAGCGCCGCUCUCGAGGCUGAAAAGAAAACCACCAAGAAAGAGAGGAAGUUGGCUGAGACCAAAUUUACCGAACAACAGCAACACAAGUCGGCAAAUGAAGCCGCGCGGAUGGCUGUAGCAGGCAUCUUGGGUAACCGUAAAAAGGCAGGCAGGACCUUUGACUGGAUGAAUGCAGGCAAAGCAGGAGCGAGCCCAGCAGCAACUCCUGGCAGACCGCCAUUAUCAGGUCCCACGUCGACAGCAGGCACCCCAGCGCCUGAACGGGCUCGAGCAGCCCCGAAGGACAAUCAGUUUGGCCACUGGGAUGAGGACAAGGACGCCCGAAUCCAGGCUCGAGACGUGUUGCUGAUAUUGGAGAGUGACGGGCGGGCCUCGCGCUCAUUCCUCCGAGGAGUCAGCUUGCCGGAGAAGAGUGAUUCUUGA